GUAGGAUUUGUGACCACCCAAUUUAUUUCGUGUACAAUAAAAAAAAAAAUGGUGUCACAAACUUUAUAUCUAUCCCUUUCGUCUACACACAAGUCAGUUUACAAAAUUACUCUGAAAAUCAAGAAAACAUGGAUAAAAAUUGUAAAAUCUUUUUUCCUGUUUUUUUAACCUUUUUGUGGAGCCUGUACCAAGUCCUGAAAGAUUUUCCUAAGGGAUAGCGAUAGUUUUCCAAGAGGAUAACAUGAGUUGGGGUUGCUCUUCUUUUCAUGUACAUUAACUCCACUACCUAAAUAGAAAUCCAUUUAACAUAUUUCCAAACCAACAUUUUAGCAGUUGCUUGUACCUAAAAUUCAAGUUUUGAUCUCUUCACCAGCUUCCAUUGGUACUCCAAUUCCAUUGUGUUUUGAAGAAUGAAGCUCCAUUUAUAGGUCUUUCAUCAUAGACAAUAUAAUGGAGAUUUUACCUUUGCCUUUCAAGUCCCAUACAAUCAGAGACCUGCAACUAAACCAGUUGUGCAGUCAAGGCAAGCUCAAAGAAGCCAUUAAAGCACUCAACUCCAUCCCACAACAUGCUUUGGACCCAAGUCCAAGCACCUACAUUUCAUUGCUCCAAGCUUGUAUCGAUGCGAAUUCAGUCUCUCAAGGGAGAGAUAUUCAUGCCCAUAUCCCUCUCUCUCUCAAAACCAAUCUCUCUCUACAAACCAAGCUUGUUAGCAUGUAUGCAAAGUGUGGGAGCUUGGACGUGGCACGCCAAGUGUUUGAUGAAAUUGGAGACAAGAAUAGUAUUUUCUUGUGGUCGGCCAUGAUUGCAGGUUAUGCGAGGGAAGGCAUAUGGGAAGAAGUUCUCAUGCUUUCCGUCUCUAUGCAACAACAAGGUGUCACUCCUGAUUGGUUUCUUUUCCCAAAGAUUCUACAGGCAAUCAAUAACUUGGGUCUUUUAGAUAAAGGCAAAGAAACCCAUUCUUCAGCUAUCAGAAAAGGCCAUAUCCUAUCAGUCCAUGUAGCUAAUUCUUUAGUAGCAAUGUAUGUAAAAUGUGGUGAGUUAAGCUAUGCUCGUAAACUCUUUGAUGGCAUGACUCAAAAAGAUUUGGUAUCAUGGAACUCCAUUAUCUCUGGGCAUUUUAAAAAUGGUAAUACUGAAGAAGCCAUCAAUCUCUUCAAGCAAAUGCAGGUAGAAGGAAUAAAACCAGGCGUAGUCACCUUUAACAUUAUGAUCUCAAGCUAUAAUCAAAUGGGAAACUGCGAUUUAGCCUUUGAUUUAAUGGAAAAAAUGCAGUUUUCAGGCAUCAUUCCUGAUGUAGUCACCUGGACUUCGAUGAUCUCAGGGUUGUCUCAAAAUGAAAGAGAAAACCAAGCUUUGCAUCUAUUUAGAGAGAUGAGGUUUGAAGGAAUCAAGCCUAAUGGAGUCACAGUAGCAAGUGCUUUGAAUGCUUGCUCUAAUUUGAGAUACAUCAACUGGGGAGUUGAGAUUCAUUCUAUGGCUGUGAAAGGCGGGUUUGCAGAGGAGUUAUUAGUAGGUAAUGCCCUGAUAGAUAUGUACUGGAAAUGCAGUGACCUAGAAGCUGCAAAGAGGGUUUUUGAUAAACUAACUAGGAGAGAUGUUUUCACUUAUAAUUCCAUGAUUGGAGGUUAUGCGCAGUCUGGGUACUGUGGCAAAGCCCAUGAUCUCUUUAUGGAAAUGCAAAGCUCGAGUGUCAAGAGAAAUACGGUAACAUAUAAUACCAUGAUCUCAGGACAUUUGAAGAAUGGCGAUGAAGAUCAAGCUCUGCAACUCUUUCAGAGAAUGGAACUGGAAGGGGUUCUGAGAAAUACAGCUUCUUGGAAUGCUUUGAUUUCUGGGUUUUUGCUUAAUGGUCACUGGGAAGAGGCCCUGGGAGUUUUCCGAAAGAUGCAAGCUACUCAAAUAAGACCCAAUUCAGUCACAGUUCUAAGCGUAUUGCCUGCUUGUGCCAUUUUAAUGGCAGCAAAGAAGUUAAGAGAGAUUCACUGUUUUGUGAUUAAACAUCAUCUAAAGGCUGAGAUCUCUAUUGUGAAUGCUCUAAUAGACACUUAUGCCAAGUUGGGUGAUAUAACCUUUGCCCAAACGUUGUUUGAUUCUAUGCUAACAAAAGACAUUAUAUCAUAUAAUUCAAUUAUUUCAGGUUUGGUAAUGAAUGGCAAGGGCAGAAAUGCUAUAGACAUAUUUGAGCAGAUGAAGUUACUUAGGAUUGCACCAAACCAAAGAACAAUUUUGAGUGUGAUCAAUGCAUUUGGGCUAGAAAAGAUGGUGCCUGAAGGUGAGAAGUUAUUCUCUACCAUGGCUGAGGAAUUCCAGUUGUUUCCAACCAUAGAACAUUGCUCAGCCAUGGUUGGCCUUUUGGGUAGGGCCCGUUUGCUCAGAGAAGCCAUGGAUUUCAUUGAUAAUAUGCCUCUUGAACCAGAUGCCUCAAUUUGGUCUGCUUUUCUUUCAGCCUGUAGAUGUAAUGGCAAUAUCAGGUUAGCCACCCAUGCAAUUAAAAAGCUUUUGGAAUUAGAACCCGAAGACCCUUUGAUUAAUCGGAUUUUGUCACAGAUAUAUGAUGGUUCGAGGUCAAGAAAUCAUGUGAAGAAUCAAGCCAUGGUUAAAGCAUUCGGGCACACCUGGAUUGAAGUAAAGAACUUGGUGCAUGAAUUUGUUGCAGGGAUGGUAUCCCUUCCAUCCUCAGAUUCUCUCUCUAUUAAGUUGAAAAGCUUGGCAGAAAUAUACAAGAGUAAAGGACGCAAGCUUCCUGAUGCAGGGUUUCUUCAAUUGGAAGAGGAAGAGAAAGAGGAGAUUAUAGGCACCCACUGUGUGAAGCUGGCCAUUACUUUUGGAAUCAUAAAUAUACAUGCACCCCAAAGCAUUCGAGUGGUUAAGAACAUUCGGGUGUGUCAGGAGUGUCACGAUUUUGCCAAAUUUGUCUCCAGAAACUGCAGUCAAGAAAUUCUUUUGAAGGAUCCAAAGACCCUUCAUUGUUUUAAAAAUGGACAAUGUUCUUGUAAAGACUAUUGGUGAAUCCAAAGCGUAAGGACUUAGGGCCAAAAGCAUCCCAUCACUCAAGGUGGUUGUGUUUCUUCGUAUUCAAUCAGCAUAUUUGUUACCGAGCAGUUACUCUCGCAGAAAUAUUUUAAGAAUUUGAUUUCAGUCUGAUGUGACAAGGAACAUAAAUUGCAAUAACUGAAAAGGAUAUCAAUGUCCAUAAUGAUAACAUAUGACA